CUGUAGUCACGAGCAGCCACUUUCAGUGUGUGAAAUCAGUCAUUACUCAAGCGUCUGCCGACGCAGGUGGGGGCUGCUGGUGAGGAGCAUGGGUUGACCAAAACCUUGUGAAGAAGAAUGGAGCGAACGAGUGAUGCCGAUAAAACAGACGUGAUCUCUCAAGUUCCCCGUCUUCAGGCUCUGGUGGAACAUUCGCAUCCCACGAUCACAGCUCACAAUGGAAGCAACGUGGUCGCUCCCGUCAUCUAUGGUUCUAAUGCUGGCAACAUAAACAUCAAUGUCACCUCAGUUUGUCAUGAGUGCAAGGCUUCAUCAAAAGAUGCACGGAACCAUGACAGCUGUGCAUCUCCGCAGCCGGAAAACACGACGGUUCCAGAAUGUCAGAUGAAACUCAAAGCUACCCUGGUGAGGAAUUUCAGCCACCUGGUUGAGGCGGACACAACCGAGGCAAAGAGGAUAUCUCUGGACAAAAUCUACACGGAGCUCUACAUCACAGAGGGAGGGAGCGCUGAAGUCAAUCAGGAGCAUGAAGUGAGACAGAUUGAGGCGACAUCCAGGAUACACGUGCUGCAGGAAAAAUCCGUCCACUGCAAUCAACUCUUUGCUCCCCUGCCGGGACGAAGCCACCAGGUGAGAACAGUGAUGACGAGGGGAGUAGCCGGCAUUGGGAAAACAGUUGCCACGAAAAAAUUUACUCUGGAUUGGGCCAAGGAGAGAGCAAACACCGACCUGGACUUUGUAUUCCCGCUCUCUUUCCGAGAGCUGAAUCUGAUGAGGAAGAAAAAUUACAACCUAGUGGCGCUUCUUGAAGACUUAUUCCCUGACACGAAAGAUACAGGAAUCUUCACUCAUGGUAAGAACAAGAUGCUCUUCAUCCUGGACGGUCUGGACGAGAGCCGUCUUUCUUUGGACUUCAGCAGAUGUGAAAUAAUGCCCGAUGUCACGCAGCCAGCCGGAAUUGCCGUGCUCCUGGUUAACCUCGUCCGGGGAAGACUUCUUCCUUCGAGUCUUGUUUGGAUAACUUCUCGGCCAGCAGCUUCCAGUCAGAUCCCCGCGGAGUUCAUUGAUCUCGUGACUGAGGUCCGCGGGUUCAACAACCAGCAGAAGGAUGAGUAUUUCCGGAAGAAAAUUGAUGACCAGAGCUUAGCAAACAGAGUAAUCAUGCAUGUGAAGUCCUGCAGGAGUCUUCACAUCAUGUGCCACAUACCCGUCUUCUGCUGGAUGGCGGCGAGAGUUCUUGAGAAGACGUUGGCAACAGCAGACACUAAAGACUCGCCGAGGACGCUCACAAAAAUGUACAUACAAUUCUUGUCGUUGUAUGUGGAGAGCACAAAGAAGAGGUUGCCGGGAAGAAGAGAGUCCAAUGCCGACCGCAUCCGAACUAACCUCAUCUCACUGGGUCAACUGGCCUUCAAAGAACUUGAGAAGGGCCACUUGAUCUUCUAUGAGAAAGAUCUGGCAAGCCAUGGCAUAGCGGUCUCACAGGCUUCCAUGUUCUCAGGACUUUACACACAGAUCUUCAGUGAAGAGCUGACGCUGGGUGAGCAGAUGUUCUGCUUUGUGCAUCUGAGCAUCCAGGAGUUCUUCGCCGCAUUGUACGUCUUCCUGACGUUCAACAAUGAAAACAUCAACGUCCUGGUGAAGAAGCCGUCUGUUCCGAGACGUCUGUUUUCCAGAGACCCUUCAGAGCUCAUCCUGUGCAAAGAAGCGGUGGAGAAGGCACUUCGAUGUGAAAAUGGUCACUUCGACAUCUUCCUGCGCUUCCUUCUGGGCCUGUCUCUCGAGUCAAACCAAACUCUGCUGAAAUAUCUAAUGACCAGCAACAGAACAAACAAAAGGACAAGGACAGAGAUCAUUAAACACAUCAAGGAGAGGAUACAGUCAUGUCCAUCAUCGGAGAGAUGCCUCAAUCUCUUUCACUGCCUGAAUGAGCUGAACGACCGCUCCCUUGUGGAGGAGAUCCAGAACUACCUGAGUUCAGACAGUCUCAGAGAAGCCAAACUCUCACCCGCGCAGUGGUCCACCCUGGUCUUUGUGUUGUUGACGUCAGAGGAAGAACUGAGUGUGUUUGACCUGAGCAAAUACACUCGCUCUGACGAGGGACUUGUGAGGCUACUGCCUGUCGUUAAAACAGCCCAAGUGGCAAAUCUGAAAGCAUGUAAACUGACUGUGACCUGCUGUGAACCGCUUGCAUCUUGCAUCAGUUCGUCCCACAUCCGAGAGCUGGACUUGAGCAACAACAACCUGACUGACUCAGGAAUGAGGCUGCUGUCCAGUGGACUGAAGAACAGCAAAUUGGAGACACUAAGACUGAGGAGCUGCAGGAUGACAGAGCACAGCUCCAAAGCCGUGACUGAAAUGCUCAGCUCUGCUUCCUGCCGGCUGAAGGUGCUGGACCUCGCCGACAAUGACCUUCAGGAUGACGGUGUUACGAGGAUUUCCAUCGGACUGGGGAGUCCUCUCUGCAAACUGGAAAUACUCAAUGUCGCCCUGUGCAGAGUGACAGAAAUAGGCUGCACUUUCCUGGCGUCGGCCUUGAACUCAUCUUGUCUGAGGGAGCUGGACAUGAGCUACAACCACCCGGGUACCUUUGGCCUGCAGCUGCUGUCUGCUCUGAAAGAUGACCCACACUGCAGCCUGCAGAAUCUCAGUGUUGAAGAGUGUGGUGAAUCCAGGAUUGAGCCAGGCCCAAAGAAAUACACCAGGAAACUCACCCUGGACCCAGACACCGCACACAAAGACCUUUCUCUCUCCGAGGGAAACACCAAAGCAAAGCGUUGGAUGGCACAGCCUUAUCCCGAUCACCCAGACAGGUUUGAUUACUGGAGACAGGUGUUGUGUGACGAGGGACUGACAGGACGGUGCUACUGGGAGGCAGAAUGGUGUGGCAGAGCUUUCAUAGGAGUUGCCUACAGAAGGAUGAACAGGAAGGGAGAGGGUCACGACAGCUGGUUAGGCCGAAACGACUCCUCCUGGGGCCUGAACUGCGCUCAGGGCAGUUACAGGACUUUGCACGGAGACACAAACACUGCGUUAACUGUCCCCAUCAGCUCCAAUAAAGUGGGGGUGCUUCUGGACUGGUCAGAGGGGACGCUGUCCUUCUACCAGGUCUCCAGUGGCUCACUCAGCCUCCUCCACACCUUUCACACGGCCUUUACAGAGCCCGUUUACCCAGGGUUUCAGCUUGGAUGGGUGGACUCUACAAUCCACCUGUGCUAAAGAAUAACCCCCAGGACAGUGAACCACUGCACAAUCCUACUGUUCCUGCUCUUUUGCUCAUCAUCAAAGUAACAUGAGGGCACAUUUACUCUUAUUCUUUAUCUGUGUGAAGACGGAAAUGUGAAAUACACUGUUUAAAAAGGAAAGAAAGACUUACUUCUCAGUGUUUUGAGUCCAGAACUUGGUGGAUGUUACAUUAUUUUGUUAUCAAAGAACUUUACAAUUUAUACCAGUAAUGCAAAAAGGGUUUCUCACUCUUCUAUAAUAAUAUGGACGCAAUUGGCGCAGCAAUAUAAU